GCCUCCGCCUGCCGCACGGGGGCGCCCACAGAAAAGCACCGUUCGUGCCGAGGCGCCUCAGAACUGGGCUUUUUGUCCCUCUUUGUUCCGCUGGAAAGUCCUGGCUGAGCGGCUAGCAAGAGCACAACAGACCCGAGCUCCGGGGUAGUUAUACAAUCACUUCGAUCUUCCGGGCCGCUAAGGGAGCCCGGAAAGUGACGGAGAGCUCACGGAGGGGCGCGAGCAUCCGAGGUCGCCCGAGGAAGGGGACUCGGUGGGAUCGGCCAGGGAGAAGGGCCGCGGGGCUGGGGGCUCCAGGAGGAACAGGGGGCGGGGGGUGUAGCAAAGACGGAGACGCCUGCACGCCGAGCUCGGGGGCUGCAAAUCGCCGGAGCCAGCGGGGCGGAGGGGCCGGCGUUGCGGCUGUAGAGUCCUGGCCUUUCUGAGUGGAUGGGAUGGACCCGGGUCCGUCUGGCGCAGUGCCCAUGGGGCCCUUCCCCCCACCCCUGCAGCAGGUGUUCCAGGCACCACGGCGGCCUGGAAUGGGCACUGUGGGGAAGCCCAUCAAGCUACUGGCCAACUACUUCGAGGUGGAGAUCCCCAAGAUGGACGUCUACCACUACGAGGUGGACAUCAAGCCCGACAAGUGUCCCCGUAGGGUCAACAGGGAGGUAGUAGAGUACAUGGUUCAACACUUCAAGCCACAGCUCUUUGGUGACAGAAAACCAGUGUAUGAUGGGAAGAAGAACAUCUACACGGUGCUGGCUCUGCCCAUCGGGAAUGAGAAGGUGGACUUUGAGGUGACCAUUCCAGGAGAGGGAAAGGACCGCAUCUUCAAGGUGUCCAUCCGCUGGCUGGCCGUGGUGUCCUGGCAUCUCCUCCAGGAGACGUUGGUGAGCGGGCGCUUGCAGGUGCCCCUGGACUCGGUGCAGGCCCUGGACGUCGCCAUGAGGCACCUCGCUUCCAUGAGGUACACCCCAGUUGGACGCUCCUUCUUUUCUCCACCGGAGGGCUACUACCACCCCCUGGGAGGAGGGAGGGAGGUGUGGUUCGGGUUCCACCAGUCCGUGCGGCCCGCCAUGUGGAAGAUGAUGCUCAACAUUGACGUGUCUGCCACGGCCUUCUACAAAGCACAGCCGGUGAUCGAGUUCAUGUGCGAGGUCCUGGACAUCCGCAACAUUGACGAGCAGCCCAAAACGCUGACGGACUCCCAGAGGGUCCGCUUCACCAAGGAGAUCAAAGGCCUCAAGGUGGAGGUGACGCACUGUGGCCAGAUGAAGAGGAAAUACCGCGUGUGUAACGUCACCCGCCGGCCCGCCAGCCACCAAACGUUUCCUCUUCAGCUCGAGAGCGGCCAAACUGUAGAAUGUACGGUAGCCCAGUACUUCAAGCAGAAGUACAACCUGCAACUCAAGUACCCCCACCUGCCCUGCUUGCAGGUGGGCCAAGAGCAGAAGCACACCUACCUGCCCCUGGAGGUGUGUAACAUUGUGGCGGGGCAGCGCUGCAUCAAGAAACUGACAGAUAAUCAGACCUCCACCAUGAUCAAAGCCACAGCGCGCUCUGCACCUGACAGACAGGAGGAGAUAAGCAGGCUGGUGAGUGCGGAGGUGAAGCGGGUAGGAGACACCCUACUGGGAAUGGCCACCCAGUGCGUCCAGGUGAAGAACGUGGUGAAGACGUCCCCCCAGACCCUGUCCAACCUCUGCCUCAAGAUCAACGUCAAGCUGGGCGGCAUCAACAACAUCCUGGUGCCACAUCAGCGGUCAGCAGUGUUCCAGCAGCCAGUCAUCUUCCUGGGGGCCGAUGUGACCCACCCCCCUGCCGGUGAUGGGAAGAAGCCCUCCAUCACAGCGGUGGUGGGCAGUAUGGACGCCCACCCCAGCCGCUACUGCGCCACAGUGCGGGUCCAGCGGCCCCGGCAGGAGGUGAUCGAGGACCUCUCUUACAUGGUGCGCGAGCUGCUGAUCCAGUUUUACAAGUCGACCCGCUUCAAGCCCACGCGCAUCAUCUUCUACAGGGAUGGCGUCCCUGAGGGGCAGCUGCCUCAGAUCCUGCACUACGAGCUGCUGGCCAUCCGAGAUGCCUGCAUCAAGCUGGAGAAGGACUACCAGCCAGGCAUCACCUACAUCGUGGUGCAGAAACGCCACCACACGCGGCUCUUCUGCGCCGAUAAAUCUGAGCGGAUUGGGAAGAGUGGAAACAUCCCAGCAGGUACCACGGUGGACACCAGCAUCACACACCCCUUCGAGUUCGACUUCUACCUGUGCAGCCAUGCGGGCAUACAGGGCACAAGCCGGCCGUCCCACUACUACGUCCUCUGGGACGACAACCGCUUUACCGCCGACGAGCUGCAAAUCCUCACCUACCAGCUGUGCCACACCUACGUGCGCUGCACGCGCUCCGUCUCCAUCCCCGCGCCCGCCUACUAUGCCCGCCUGGUGGCGUUUCGAGCCCGAUACCACCUGGUGGACAAGGAGCAUGACAGCGGAGAAGGCAGCCAUGUUUCCGGGCAGAGCAACGGCCGGGACCCCCAGGCGCUGGCCAAGGCCGUCCAGAUCCACCACGACACCCUGCGGACCAUGUACUUCGCCUGAGCUAGCAUGGUGGGCUGGGCCACGCCCCCAUCUCUGCCGGAGCCCCGCCCAUGGGUGGAGUCCAAUCAGCCAGACUGCUCUCUCCUUCUGUCCUGAUGGGCUUUUUAAUUUUAAAAUUUUUAAUGUGUAUUAUUGUGUAUUACCUUCACGUUCACGUGUAUGUAUGCAAUAUGGAGGAGGUGAAGGGGAAGCCGGCGCCACGGCCCUGACUCCGCCCCCCGGGAUGACGCCCGCCCGGCGCAUUCUUGGUAUAGCUGAUAUUUUUUUAAGAGGCCAGAGGAAGCAUGGUACAUUAGCACUUAGCGGUAGCAGAUUAGAUCGUCGCACCCGCCCUCCCUGGGGGCCUGUGUGGGUGAUCUGGGGGGCAGUAGGACAGACUCGGAGCAGGGUAGCACACUAUAGAUGUAAACGAGUGCCUUAGCGGCCAAUGGGAGCGCAGCAGGAAGUAGGUCUACCCGUAGAGUUAGCAGCUACCGGGGGUACGUAGGGGAUGGGGAGGGACCGUGUAGUACACAAUGCACAUCGGCACACCGGACCAAACCAGCGGCAGCAGCCGGCCGGACACUGUACGGCAAGCAGACACCAGCCUGUGAAACGGCAGCUCAGGAACCCGAAGGCGGACUCUGAAGAAAGGCCAGAACCGGUCCUCGGCCCCAACGCCUCAGAGCUGGGUCGACAUCUACUUUAUUUUAUUUUUUUAAAUACCUCCUUUCUCUCUUUCCUUGUUUGCUCUGGGGGUGCAGACCACCCAUGAGCUAAAGAUCUGUGAAUAUGCCAACCCCCCCUCCCCCCACCUGCUUUUGGUGCCCAAUGGUCUCUUUCUGACCCAAGGGGGGCGCCGAUGGGCCGGCUCUCUUCCUCCUGGUGCUCAUAUAACCAGGCUUCCACUCUCGGUGUGGGGGUAGGGGGGCAGUAUUAUGAAACGCACACAAUCAAAACACAACAUGGGCUCCUCUUUAGCCCCCCCAUGUGCCAUGGAGCAGCGGUGACAGGUGACGCCAAGCUGUGCGUGCCUUCCACUCCCUGCUCACGUCUACCAGCACCCCCACCGGUUUCCCCGGGCUCACUCCCGUGUGUGAGAGAGAGCGGCAUGUCCGCAUUCCCUCUCUCUCUCUCUCUCUCACACACACACACACCAUCACAUACCUCACCGAGAGCUGCUCCACCUUAGCGACAAGUGUUUACAUUCCCCCCCCCCACCAGUUGCCUCUCCUUUCAGCAUUCCUGUCCUAUCAUGCCUGGGUGAAUUUAUUUUUCCUUUUCUUCACCUCGCCCUUCUGGUUGCUGUACCCCCUCCCCCCGUGCCCAUCUAUCUCGCCAAAUACCCGCAGGUGCUGGCACAGAAGGGGGGUAUUGCACGUAUAGGCAGCACACGGCUUUGGGAUCCCAGUAUUCCUUUGCCCUGCCUGAGGGCUGCACCUUUCCCUCCAUCCUCACCAGUGAAGCACCAUGUAAGAAUCCCAGAAAUGUGUUCUGCACCUUGGUUUCUGGUUCUCCCCAAGGUGUUGGGCUUCUCAAGUGUAGUUCUAUCCUUUCUACUCAAGGGGGCACUGCAGACUGGCCUGUCCUUCACUUCCCUGAUUUUUGCUGACACCCCCCCCCCCCCCCCCCCCCCCUUAGCUGUGUUUCACUCAUCUCUAGAAAGUGAGAGCGGACUUCUCUGUGAGGAUGACGGUUAGCCUUCAAUGGCGUCUGGAGAGGAGCAGUGACACAGUCGACGUGUUCCAUUUCUGGGACUCUUCCUCAACACAGGGAAUCGUCAUCGUUGGUCAGCGUCCAUGCACUUCAAGCGACUGAUGCGGAGGAGGGACUAUCACCCCCAGUCUGUCACCCCUGCCCCACUCAAAAGCAAUAUGUACCACUGCAGAAACCAGCCCAAGCAGAGCACUUCAGUCCAAGUUAGAACAGAACCAUGUGGAAAGCAGUUCUCUCCGCUCUGUAUGAAAUAGUAUGGGUCACGUACGGGGAGGGUUAUUUUUUAAAAAUAAAUGUUUUUUAUUACC